UUCCCGGUGCCCCCGGUGCUCCCGGUGCUCCCCGAUGGCCGCGGCCGAGCCGGCGGCGCGGAAGCGGCGGCCCAAGGGGCACUUGGCGGCGCUGGGCGGGCGGGCCAAGCGGCCCCGCGGCGGCGGGCGGCAGCUGGAGGCCGGCAUGCGCGGCAUCCUCAUCACCUGCAACAUGAACGAGCGCAAGUGCGUGGGGGAGGCCUACAGCCUGCUGGGCGAGUACGGGGACCUGCUCUACGGGCCCGAGCAGUUUUCAGAUGCCGAGGACAGGCUGUCUGGGAGCGACAGGGAGGAGGAUGAGGACGAUGUGGAGGCGGCUCUGAAGAAGGAGGUUGGCCAGAUCCGCGCCUCCACCGAGCAGAAGCUGCGGCGRUUCCAGUCGGUGGAGAGCGGUGCCAACAACGUGGUGUUCAUCAGAACCCAGGGCAUAGAACCUGAGAACCUGGUGCACCAUAUACUAAAGGAUAUGCACACCACUAAAAAGAAGAAAUCAAGAGUCAUUCUGCGCAUGCUGCCCAUUUCUGGAACUUGCAAGGCUUUUAUGGAGGAUAUGAAAAAAUACACGGAAACCUUUUUUGAGCCUUGGUUUAAAGCCCCUAACAAGGGUACUUUUCAGAUUGUUUACAAAGCUCGUAAUAACAGCCAUAUAAGUAGGGAAGAAGUGAUUAAGGAAUUGGCAGGAAUUGUGGGCAGCCUCAAUCCAGAAAACAAAGUCGAUCUUAAUAAUCCACAGUACACCGUUUUGGUGGAAAUAAUCAAAAGUGUCUGUUGCUUGAGCGUGGUGAGGGACUAUGUUCUGUUCAGAAAAUACAAUCUGCAGGAGGUGGUGAAGAGYGACAAAGAGGACACACAACAAAACCCAUCAAGUCUGACAGAAAAACAGAACUCAGAGGYAGCAAAACCAGAAAMUGAGGAGGAGGAGAAGAGCUSCAAAGAAAURAAAGAAGAGAACAAGAAUCAAAGUGAAAUAGAACCUGAGCCCAAGGGGAAUGAUGCACUUACAGUGUAGAUGUAAGGGAAAGGUAAAUGUAAUCCAAAGAUAGAAAAAAGUUGCCCUGGAGUUCUGAAAGGGUGUUGGAAUGAGGAGAGUGGGUUUUGUUUUGAAAUGCUGGUUUUACAAUCAUCAUGUGUUGAAUUUUAAUGGUUGUUGCAGGUGGAGCUGACAUCGCAGCAGAUGUAAGGGUGCUCAAGAAUGCAUCACCUUUGUGGUGAACCUUGCUGUCCUCCUGCAGCUUCCUUCAGCUGGCACAGAGAGCAGGAGUGUGUGCAUUGUGUGCACACGUGUUCAUCCUGACAUGUAUGAACUCUUUUCUAUGACUGGAGGCUGCAGAGGCCAAAAGGCAGCACAGAACCAGCUCUGAGCCAUCAUGGACACAAGUGAGAUCCAUUGCAGAGCAUUUUGAAGGAAGUGACCUGACAACUGCAGAACUUGGUAACAUUUUUCUGUGUGCACAACAGAAUGAGGUAAAUCCAGCCAUUUCCUGUCUGAUGGAGGGUUUUAUACAAACAUUUAUAUGUACACAGCUCUGCAAGGAUAUGCUGUCUUGGAAUGAAUGGAAAGAACUGCUAUGAUAUAUAAAUAAAUACUUGAAUAUUAUGAGAUGAUUUACAGUAAAAGAUUGGACUGUUCUAGAAAUACGGUGCAGACAGUGCAGAUGAUUUUAUCAAAAAUUACAUGUGUGUUUACAUUAGCUGUGUAUGCAGCACUUACUGGUUUAUAGUAAAUGCUGUAAUCACUGAAUGGAAUCCUUUUGAGAAAUUUCCUGCAAAAAGCCUUUUGCUGCUCUUUCCAAAGACUCAAUCCUUGAGGGAUUUUAUAAAGUGCUUCUGUUUUUAGUUUUUUUUUAAAAGUCUCAGAAUUGGAAUUUAAAUACUGUUUGGAAACUUCUAAUGAAAGAAGCUCUCCAUUAUAUACUAGGUAAGGGGAAUUUAAUUUUGGUACAGUUUUAGCUUUAUGGUAUUAAUUUCAUUUUAGAUUGCAAGUUAGUGAGUCUUUCUGUUGUCUUCUUGUUACAGUGGACUGUCCCAGUGACUUCUAAAAACCAACCAAAACCAGUGCAGCUAUAAUAUGCUUUCCUACAGGGUUUUCAGUAUGCUUCCUGUACAGCUUUCUAGCUUUAGUAUUUCAUUUCUAGCAUGAAAGCCUGGGUGUUGCUAAUGGGAAAAGGCUUACUUUAAAGAAUCAACUUGUUACUUGUCUUGGUUUAAUGAAAAUAAUGUGUUCAAGUCUCUSAUAAUUUAUAUUCUCGUUUUCUUUCAAAAUUGUUUUGGAAGUUGAAAAAUGAAGAUGACUUUUUUCCCUAGUCCUGUCUCCCUUUGCAAGCCAUUUAUUAAAACUCUGCUUUCUUACCUCCCUUGGUGUUUUGUUUAAAUUGUAAAGGUUUUUGUGUGGGGGUUAAAACCAUCAGUGUCUACACAGAGGAAAGAUUGAGAAUGUUUAUUGGUGGCAGGUGUUGUGGAUCACGAUUUAUCACAGCCUAUUUACCUUCUAAGGACAAAGACUGGGGUAGUUAGGGGGUGUUUUUUUUUCCUUCCUCCUCCCUCUCACUGUGUGCCUACAGGACUUACAGUUUGCUUCUGAUUUUUCCUAAUUUGCACUUACUGAACAUUUACUGUUAACAGAUUAAUUCCCUGGCUUUCCCCUGUGCCUUCACUUCUCCAGUGUUUGGAUUCAACCCUUUAUUGACAAACAGUAAGUCAGUCUUACAGCCUAGGUGUUUUCCAGUACUGACUUGCCUUUUGUGAGGGUCACAACUGUGUAAUUAAARUAUUAAUUUGCAUGUGUUUCUGCUCAUUUAUCAUUUCAGUAGUGAAAUAGA